AUGUCGAAAAUGAGUUCGAAAGAUAAGGACAAUAAAACAUUACACGAUAAACUGAAACAAUUCUUUCGUAUUAACAGAGGAAACUAUAAAAGUCGUGAAGAUUUUACAUUAACUCAUGAUCUUGAGAAAGAGAUCAGUCCUGAGAGUCCUGUGCAUCAUCGCACAAAGGCAAUCAAAGAUCUGUGCGAUGCAGUUCUUAAUCAACAAUGGGAAGAUAGAGCAGCUGAGAGAUUAUGGUAUUUGGUACAAGAUCUUUUGGACAAAGAUGUACCCCGUGAACAUAGGCAUGUAACAUUAAAUUUUUUGCGAUGCCUUGUUCAAGGUCAAUAUUCUAAAUUAUCUUCUCUAAUGAGAGUGAAGUUUUUUAUGGUUGUUAAGGAGCACAAUAUUCUUGAAGAUAUUGGUCCUAGAUUGGAGCUCCUGCAAAGCUUAACAGAAAAUGGAAAAGACAUAUUACACUUGGAAGAAAGAAUGGGACCCUUCUUGUUAGAGUGGAUGCCUACUGUAACAGCAGGAGAUGGGAAGAGGGGUGCUGAAUUUUUAUCCCUUCUUGUCAAUGUUAUCAAAUUUAACUCAGCAUAUAUCGAUGAAGAUAUUAUAUCAGGCCUUGUUCAGUACAUUUGUCACUUGUGCUAUUAUAGCAAUAGCAGCGAGGUCGUUUCUGGAUGUUUAGAAGCUCUAGACGCAAUUGUUUGCUACAGUAAUUUACAAUCCGAUUCUUUACAAACUUUUAUUAUAGCAUUAUGUGGAAGUGUUAACGUUGAAACAUAUUGUCAAAUAAGCUGGAAGAUCAUGCGUAAUUUAUUAGGCACACAUAUGGGUCAUUCUGCUUUAUACACAAUGUGUCGGUUGCUACAAGACACGAAUUUUCAGCGUGACGUUCGCGUACUUAGAGGUGCAGUUUUUUAUGUUAACAUGGGUCUCUGGGGUCCCCAUAGGAUUAAAAAGUUGGAAUGUACUCCAACAUCUGUCCUACCUUCAUUUUACCAAGCUUUAAAAUGUAAUCAUCCAAUUGUUAUGUACGAAGUCAUAUUAUCAAUUCAAAGGCUGGUAAAUAAGUACGGUGCUGAGUUAUGGGACCCUACAUGGAGCAUUAUUCUUGACAUUAUCGAAGAAGUUAUUUCUCACAUAGAAACUAGUAAUCAGCCUGCAACUAGACAAGUUUCAGUCAACUUACAUGAAACAAUAAACAGCAUUGAGAAUUUAUUGGAUAGUAGUCAUUAUAAUGGUUGCGUUCAACGAUUUUACGAUCUUGUUGAACGUUGUAGCGAUACAAGACCUGAAUGUUCCGUUUUGAAACUAAUCGAGUAUCGAGCACAUACUAUAGGACCAACGCAUUACCAGUGGCAGCCUAGAUUAGCCGGUUUGAUGGAACGAUAUUACAAAAUUGAGACACGUACUAAUGUUAGAGUGAAAGUUCUUGAAGUCCUAACGAACGUCAUCCAAGUUAAUAGAUCUAGAUACGAGGAUGAAUUAAUUGAACGAAUAAUUGUGCCAUACUUUCAACACGUUGAUAUGGAUCCCGAUAUUAUAAUUCGUAAUGGUGUUGCACACCUACUCGUUGAUGUUUGCUUAGAGUGUGACACAAAAAGAUGUUUAGAACUUUUAGAUAUACUAGAGAAGGUGAUCAAUAAGCCUUUCUCUUCUGAUACUCCAGUUACUAAAGACCACGACGUUAAAGAUGUAAAGACUGCAGUUGUUGGUGUAAUAAAGAUAUUGAUGUCAAAAAUUUAUCAUUUACCUUCGAAUCACGCCAUACGUGCUUAUAAAGUUUUGGUGAAUUAUCUGGAACAACACUAUAAAGAACAAUCUGUGUUUCAUGAUGUUUCUACGAUUCGAUAUUUGAUUUUCGAAUGCUUUUUAAAAGUUAGGGCGAACAAGCUUUAUCAUCUUGGAUUUCCGGAUGCUCAAAAUUCAAUCGUGACAAAGUUCAGUCCAUAUGUAGUCUUAGAACAUGCAGCAACCGAGCGUAUGAACAGCGGAGGCGGUGGUAGUAGUCCACCACCUGUGAGUCCAGCUCCUUUACAACAUUUAUCUUGUCAAAUUACUCACAUAUCACUGGCGCAUGCAUGCAAAGCUGUUAUAUCUUGUAUCAAGUCAGAAAAAGAUUGGAAAGUUUUACAACUCGUAUUGAAGGAAUUACCUCAAAUAAUGCAAAACAGAGCAUUGAUAUUAUCACGAUAUACAAACGAUAUUGAUUACUUUGCAAACGCGCUUUGUUCAAUGGUCAGUGACAAAAGUUUGAGACUUCCAGAGUCCCUUUACAAUGUUCCUGCGAAAUUUACUAUUUCAGAAUUUCGAAUUCAUGUCUUCCCAGUGUUAGCUUCGUUAGCUUCGUAUCAUGCACAUUUGGAACCUAAUCUACAACAACGUUUGAUAAAAUGUUUGGAAGUCGGUUUAACAGCAAAAUGUGCGAGUCAGUGUGUCACUAGCCUUACAACUUGUAUCCUGGAGAUGCGAGACACGAUGAACAAACUUCUGUCGGAAGUGCUUUUAAAUUUAUCAAAAAUCUCGGCAACAGUACACAUAGCUAUACCAAUCCUGGAAUUUUUAUCUACUCUUACCAGACUUCCAAAGGUUUUCGCCAGUUUUAUUGGGGAUCAAUACAUGUCGGUUUUUGCAAUUCUAUUACCCUACACGAAUCCGUUUAAGUACGAUCAUUACACAGUAUCACUGGCGCACCACGUGAUUGCUGUAUGGUUUUUAAAAUGCCGACUACCAUUUCGAAGAGAUUUUGUCAAAUUCAUUACUACCGGAUUGAAAGCUAAUGUCAUAGUUCCUUUCGAGGAAGGUCACUUGAUGAAAUCAGAUUUUAACUUCGUAAAUGAAGAUUCUUCAAACAGAAAGCGCAGUUCAAGUUUAACUGAACAGGGCAGUAGAGGUAGAAGAGAAAGGCCGAUAAUGGCCAAUCGCAUGAUAGGAGAUAAUAAAGUAUCAAGUAAGCAAGCAGAUCUAAAGCCACCGAUCGAUGAAGCUCUAAUGACUUUUCACGUUGAGCUUACUGAAACUUGUAUCGAUCUUAUGGCUCGAUAUACAUUUUCAACUUAUUCAGCAAGACCGAAGAGGCUACCGGCUGCUGACUUUUUACUUAAAGAGGGUCAAUCGAUGACGUGGUUACUCGGUAACAAGCUUAUUACUGUAACGACAAGCGGUUGUAGCAACAAAGCGAUGCGAGGUGGUCUUUGUGAUAACUGUUGGGUCGCGUGUAAACCCGGCUCACAAUCUCCCGAUAAUGCGAAAGCCUCUCAGUCCAGUCUAAGACGAGCAUCGAGUACAGAGACGGCAAAAGAGGAUAAAUUAUCGAGGCAGUCUUCCGGCGGUCAUGGCAGUUCUACUGGAAAUACAGCUGCAAAUUCACCGACAGAGGAGUCAAAAAAAAAUUCGGAAGAUUUGGAUGCAACGAAGAAUUAUGUAUCGGAAAAAUUGGAUAAAGAUCAAGCAGAAUCAUCAAAAUUGGAACAGAUACUUAAUAGUGAGAAACAGGAGGAACACGUGCUCUGUGCUUGUUGGUGUCAAGGUUGGGCCGAGAUAUAUGUGCGUAGACCCACGGGCGAUAUGUCUUGGAUAAUGAGAAUUCAAAAUUCGAUGCAAUUCGAAACGAACAUAGAUUUUCCUGUACAUGACAUAAUGGCUUUGUACAGGCUAAAUCAGUAUUCGGUACAGAAGCAACAAGAGUCGACGUCAGAAUGUUCCGGCGAUGAAGCAGAGGAUAUUGUGGAUAGAACUGUGGAUCAACCACGCAAUGAUUAUAUCACGAAAUCUGUGAUGUCGUCUGUGUCAUCGGGUCCAAUAGCGAUACCUGGUUCACCAGCACGACCGAGUCCUUCAAGGCAAAGUUCACGUGAUAGCUUGGAAAGUUUAGAGGAUGGUGACGAUGAUUUACGCCGUUCUCGUAAUCCAGUACGCAGAUCAAAUUCUAGUCCGGAAAUGAGUGCUAAUUGGAAGAACCCAUUUCUGAAUAAAGAGAAGAUAAACUUGCAACAAGUGGAUCGGGAUCUUUCAUCAGCGGAUGUAGAAGUUAAACUUGAAGCGGAAUUAAAGAAACAUGCAAAAAAUGCGUAUACAAAAGAUAUGAGAGUCAGUUGUGAAGCUAUACCAGAGGAAAUGUUCGGUAUGGGUACAACACCUCCGUCAGAAAAUAUAUCAGAUCAUCCAACUGCGUUGCGAUCUCAACGUUCUUAUCCAGGCGCAACACAAGUGUCUCAAAUAAUUUCAACCACUACUAGUAAUACUGUCCCUCCAUCACCUACCACUAUACAGGCGCAAGGAAACUUUUUGGGAGUACAGGGGCGUGCAACACAAAUUCAGUCGUCUAUUUCAAAACCUCCGCAAUCGCCAACGCAGAUUUAUCCUCGGUUAUCUAGUCUUGAUUCUGGUCAGAAACAAAUGCCAUUGGGAUCAGAUAGCAAACCACCUAUUGGGCGCAAUCACUUAGCAGAUAAACAGAAAGACGAAAAACCAGAUCCUUCUAUGUUACCUCCUCUGCCUUUACAUUUUCGCGAUAGAGGCCAUACAAUCUCUGUAAUGAGUCCUGUGAAAAAAUCUCGCGCGGAAUGGGAUAAUAUUCGUAGAGGAAACUCGCCACGAAUAAAAGAAACUUCUAAAACCGGCGUCAACCCUAGCUUUGUUUUCUUGCAACUGUAUCAUACAGCACACUUUGGCUCACCUUCGGAAAAACCAUUACUGGUACCACAAACAACGGCUGUGCAAAGGGCAGUGACAAAUUUAGAUAGGAUACAACCAUACGAAACUCAUAAAAUCGGUGUCCUCUACGUUGGCCCAGGGCAAGCUUCUAAUGAAACCGAAAUUUUAGCUAACCAGCAUGGAUCUCUUCGAUAUACAGAAUUCUUGCAACGACUGGGAACAUUGGUCCUAUUGAAGGAUGUCGACGAAAGCGUGUUUUUAGGGGGUUUGGAUCGUAAUGGUGAAAACGGGAACUUCGCAUACAUAUGGCAAGAUGAUGUUACACAGGUGGCCUUUCACGUAGCUACAUUGAUGCCAACGAAACCAAGUGACCCAAAGUGUACAUCCAAAAAGCAACAUAUUGGAAAUAAUUACGUUACUGUCGUUUAUAACGAAUCCGGGGAACCAUACAAUAUACAAACUGUAAAAGGGCAGUUUAAUUAUGCAUGCGUUGUGAUCCAACCAUUAGAUCAUGGUACUAAUCAAGUUACAGUUCAAGUGAAGGAAGAGUUAGCUAAGCAUAUUCGACACAGCGAACCAAAAAUUAUCUCUGAUCAAAAUUUAGCCAUUUUGUCCCGCCAACUAGCUCUUCAUGCAAAUCUUGCUUCGAUGAUUUCGUCAUCAUUGGAACAAAAUAGGCAUAAUCCAUAUGCUUCUAAUUGGCUGGAACGUUUGCGACAUAUUAAGCGGCUCCGGAAGCGUGUUUUACAAGAAUCAACACACAAUAAUCCCGAUGGAGCAACCGAUGAUUUAUCGCCAAGAUCGAACAAUGUAUCAAAUGAUCGGAAACGUAUUUAUAUGGAUGAUUUUACUGAAUACACAACAUGA